GUUCCGUGUGAUGGUCCUGUACCCCUCGACUCGGAGCCCACGAGGCGGCAACAGAUAUAGAGGCGGAGUCGGCCAGUGACAGCAGCGCUAGUGGAGCUUCGACGAGUGGCUCCAGGACGGCGCCCUCGACUGUCCUUGUGCGCCCCCGCCUCAAUGGAUCGACCCCGCUACGCCCGGGGGUCCGGCUGGCUAUGUAUUGGGGGGAGAAAGAACGAUGUACUCAGAAGCUAAGGGUUAUGCACCGGAUUCCUGGGAGUUCCCCUGCUACCCAUACGACGCCUGUGACUCUCCUGCUGAAGGAGCCCAACCGCAAGUCAGUGCAACGGCACAAUACCCUCCAAUCGAGGCAUACUACGCGAAUGCAACGGAUGAGUGCCAUCAACCGGCCUAUGGGUGCCCGUUGGCUGUACAGGGACCUACUGUGACGCGGGAUGCCGUGCAGCGCAAUGCUGUGGACACCAUCUGCUUCUUCGGUGGUCCGUGUGCCCAUCUCACGCCAGACUCUCUGCGGGCGAGUAUUCCGGCCGUGCGGAAACACCUCGAAGAAUAUCACGAUCCGGCCUCCGUCCUCGCGAGGGGCAGUACUGGAAAAGUGAAAUGUCAGUGGGACGACGGGGGCGGUCGGUGCGGGCAGCCUGUUAGCAACCUUGCGAAGCACGUCGCCACACUGCACCUCAAGCUCUUCCAGGUUAGGUGUGAGGACUGCGACGGGGUGUUCUCCAGGCGGGACAGCUACAAGCGUCACAAAGCACAGGGCAGGUGCCCGCAUGAUUGAGUGAGUGCUGCUCCCGCCGAUGAGCCUGCAGAGUGGCUGCAAGAUUGGGGGAGGAGUCUCUGUGUCUGCUAUCCCCGCCAACCGACUCCGUAUCAGCUACGUAAAGUAUAGUAGUAGACCAGGUAAUGUGUAUCUCUACGGCGGCGUACAUGGCACACACCUUCUUGAUUCUGCAGACAGAGACGGUGUGGCAGACGUCUCCGGGUCACGUAUCGACAUCGGAAUGCGUGUAUUGUGUAUAGAGCACCAGCGGGUAUUCGGUG